GCUCUGUAAGGCUGCCAUCCAAGGUGAAGAAGAAGAAAUCACGGCAGCACAUGUGUUGUCUGUCUGUCCCCAGUGUGUUGAUCUCAUCGGGAUAUUUACACUUUUCUUUAGUUUUACUGUCCACAGAUAAUCAGUGAAGUCGAAACGUGUUGUUUGCUUUGUUUCAUCUCCAUCAUGGUGCGAGAGAGACGGGGUAAGCCUGUCCAAAGGCCAAGAAGGACACAGAGACAUGAUGAAGAUGACCCUGAAGGCUUCAAGAACAUGCCUGACCCUGACAAGAGAUCGUCGCAGUACACAAAGGACAAAAUCGAUAAGUUUCACGAUGAGAAGAUUGCAAAACUUCUCGCCAGUGGUGUUCAAAGUGAGAGUGACCCGGAGGAGCUGGAUGAUGAGGAGGAAGUGAUGGCCCUGGAUGACUCUGAGUCAGAGGAGGAGGAGGGGGAGGAAGAGGAGGAGGAAGAGGGGACAGACAUGGAGAGUGAUCUAGAGGGGAAAAAAGAAGACGGUAAACAUGAAAUCAACUGUAUAUCUCCAGGAUUUGGAUUAGUCAUACCAGCCUGUUUAACUGCAAGAUUGUCGUCUUCCUCAGAUCUUCCUAAUGACAUGGCGUGGGGCACCAAGAAGAAGAUGUUCUAUGACACUGACUACGUGACCACCAAAGGAAGAACACAAGAAGAGCUGGAAGCUGAGGAAAAGGAGGAGGAAGAAGAGGCUAACCGUAUCCAAAAACGUUUAGCUGCAAAUCUGAGCGAGGAGGAUUAUGACUUAAACUUCUUUCAGGAAUUUGCCGUGGAGGAGAAAGAUGAAAACAAGACUGCAGAAAAGGAGGAGAGGAUUGUGAAAGACCUGAAGCAGAUGACCCAGAAGGAAAAAAUGAAACUUCUGAAGGAGGAGUCACCAGAGCUGCUUGAACUUAUUCAGGACUUCAAGGCAAAGCUCAUUGAACUGAAGGAUGAGCUGCAGCCCCUCAUACAGAUGGUCAAAGACAAAAAGAUCCCACCAGGAAAGGGUGCUGACUACCUCAAGACAAAACAGCAACUUUAUCUAAAUUACUGCACAAACAUCAGUUUCUACAUGGUGCUGAAAGCAAAACGAAUCCCGGCUCAUAACCAUCCUGUGAUUGAACGACUGCUCACAUACCGAAAUCUCAUCAAUGAACUGGGUUCAGUAGAUGCUCGACUUGCACCGCAGUUUCGCAAGCUGCUAGCUGGUGAGGAGAACGAUGAUGCAACCAGCAGACCAGCAGAGAAGACCAGAGUCUCCAGUAAGAAGAAAAAGGAUUCUGGAGCAACUGUGCCCGAGGUUGAAGAGGAUUCUGACCUGGAAGAAGAGGCAGCUUUGCGUUUCUACAGAGACAUGGAGAAACAGUUGAAAUUAAAGAGAAAGGGCAAUGAACCAGAGGCUGAAGAGGAGGAAGAGAAUGAAGAUGAAGAUGAAGAGCCCGAUCCUAAUGCUAAGAGAGGAAUCACUUACCAGAUGGCCAAGAACAAGGGACUCACACCAAAGAGGAAGAAAAUUGACCGCAAUCCCAGAGUCAAGCACAGAGAGAAGUUCAGACGGGCCAAAAUCCGCAGAAAGGGCCAGGUCCGUGACGUUCGUCGAGAGGAGACGAGAUAUUCCGGAGAGAUGUCUGGUAUUCGUGCUGGUGUCAAGAAGAGCGUCAAACUUAAGUAACCAGGAGAGAAUCCAACAUAUGCUGCCAAGUGUAACUAUGGGAUUGAAAAACACCAGUGGACUAUUGAUGUUUAUUAUAUGUGACCCUUCUAGUAAAGAUUAUCACCAAAUUAUUCAAUUUUCAUUGUUGUAGAAGCAACAUCAAAAUGUUUUAUUCUAUAUCAUUGCACAAUGUGAAUAAACAUUUUAUAAACUUUCAAUAACUUGUAUUUGUGCCUGUACAGACACCGCAUUAAUAUGCUUAGAGUUUUGUUUUUAGAAAACAUUAAAAGGAUAAGGAAAGA